AUGGAGAAAGAAAAGCAUAUUGAGAUCGGACCGGCGCUGUCUCCACCUCCAAGUCCCGAAGAUGCCGGGCGGACGGAGACAAGCAAGCACACACCAGUCUGGAUAGUCAUCAAUAUUAUCGCAACCGUUGCAAUUGUAUACAUCAACAAGUCCAUCUUCUCGGAUCCUGCCUUCGCCAAGUGCCAUUUCAGCUUCGUUGCAUAUCACUUCACCAUCACCGGGAUUCUUCUGUUCAUUGUGCGACGAGUCUCGAUCCUGAAGAUCACGCCCACAGAAACCCCCCUGAUGAAGAUUCUGCCCCUCUCGCUGAUCAUGUGCGCCAACAUCAUCCUGAUGAACCUGUCACUGGCCUACAGCUCGAUCGUCUGCUACCAGAUCGUCCGCAUCCUCCUCACCCCACUGACCGUGCUCAUCAACCUCUUUUUCUACAACUCCAAGAUCCCUCUUCACGCGGCUAUUGCGCUUGUGCCCGCCUGUCUCGGCGUGGGGCUCGUGACUUACGCCGACCUGCUCCCCCGCCAGCGAUCCCUCCCUUCAAGCCCGGGGGUCAUGGACUCGACCUCUGCCCUGGGGAUUAUCUACGCAUUCAGCGGCGUCUUCUGCUCCGCGCUGUACACCGUCUGGGUGGCGCACUACCACUCGCGUCUCAACAUCUCGAGCAUUCAGCUCCUCUACCGGCAAGCCCCUUUCUGUGCGGUCUUCAUCGGCAGCAUCUCGCUGGUCACCGAUUCGUUUCCGGUCUGGGCCACGAUCCACCCCCACCAAUGGGGUCUUUUAUUACUGAGUGGCGGGUGUGCAUGCUUGAUCAACCUCUCGUCUUUCCACGUAAUCAAUGGCGCGGGCGCAGUGACCAGUACAGUGGUGGGGCAGUUGAAGACGUGCCUCGUCAUUGCGCUGGGCUGGAUGCGGAGCUCGACGGCGAUGGCGACGGAGAGUGUUCUGGGUGUGUUGCUGGCGGUGCUGGGCAUUGUUCUCUACACCGCGGCCAUGCACAAGGGCGAUGCUCGAUAG